GAGUCCGCGAGGGCUCUGCAGCGCCUGCCAUCUGCGAUCCGCUCCUCCGCGGCGCCGGCUGUAGGGACCCAGUCCCCAGCGGGCCCUGACUCUUCCUCCCCGCCAUACCCACGAGCCAGAGCCCAGCUCGGGCCCCACCGCCCCGGGCCGGGCAGCCCGGCCGAGAAAUCACUAGUUGGACGUCGAGAGCAAUUACCCUGAUCUUACUGAAUAUAAAGUUGGAAGUUAUCAAGAUCUUGAAGGGGGAGUAAAAGAUAUUUCAUGCUGUGGAGAGUAGAUUCAAAAAGGAUUACCUGUGAUUUCUGCUUCCCAUCCAUAACUUACUCCUCUCUUAACUCUGCCUGCAGUUGAACACAAAGACCUAGAGGAGACUCCCACAUCCUUCGGGGAGAAGAAAGGAGGCAGCGAAGCAGAUUAAAGGAACUUGUGGCUUGUGGCCUUUUCAGUACCGGGGCUGCCUGGAAGAGGGAAAGUGAAUUAAAGCCACAGUGGCAGUUAAUGAGCUGUGAGAUGAGGUGCUGCUGCUGCUGACAAUCAGAUUCCAGGCUCCGUCUGCUGUCUUUGUGCUUCGUGUACAUGUGUCUAUUCAGCGCAUCCGGAGGCGCCCAGACGAGAAUCCAACACGGCUGCCGGGGAGAGACCACCCACCAUGCCCACGGAGACCCUACAGACAGGUAGCAUGGUGAAACCGGUCAGCCCCGCCGGCACCUUCACCUCGGCGGUCCCCCUGCGCAUCCUCAACAAAGGGCCAGACUACUUUCGCCGGCAGGCAGAACCUAACCCCAAAAGACUUAGUGCGGUGGAGAGACUGGAAGCCGAUAAGGCCAAGUAUGUCAAGAGUCAGGAGGUGAUCAACGCCAAGCAGGAGCCGGUGAAGCCGGCCGUGCUGGCCAAGCCGCCCGUGUGUCCCGCUGCCAAGCGCGCCCUGGGCAGCCCCACGCUCAAAGUGUUCGGCAACAACGCCAAGACCGAGAGCGGCGUGCAGAGGGAGAACCUGAAACUCGAGAUCCUGAAAAACAUCAUCAACAGCUCAGAAGGCUCCAGCUCGGGUUCGGGUCACAAGCACAGUUCUCGAAACUGGCCGCCGCACAGGCCAGAUGCCACCGACCUGCACCGGCACUCCUUCGCCGAGUCCCUGAAGGUGUACCCGACGCAGGGCCGCGGCAGCCCUCAAGAAAGCAGCUCCCACGUGGGCAGGAGGCUGCUGGAGCAGUCAGCCGAGUCCUUCCUCCAUGUCUCCCACAGCUCCUCGGACAUCCGCAAGGUGACCAGUGUCAAGCCCUUAAAGGCAAUCCCCUGCAGUAGCUCCGCCCCUCCCCUGCCUCCCAAACCCAAGGUCUCCUCCAUUGCCACCAUGAAGUCUCCAGAAGCAGACCCGGUGGAACCAGCUUGUGGCGUCAGCCGAAGACCCUCCCUCCAGCGGUCUAAGUCUGACUUGAGUGACAGAUAUUUCCGAGUGGACGCCGACGUGGAGAGGUUUUUCAACUACUGCGGACUGGACCCGGAAGAGCUGGAAAACCUUGGCAUGGAAAACUUUGCAAGGGCUAACUCCGACAUCAUAUCCCUCAACUUCCGCAGCGCAAGCAUGAUCAGCUCAGACUGUGAACAGUCUCAGGACAGUAACAGUGACCUUAGAAAUGAUGACAGUGCCAAUGACCGCGUGCCAUAUGGCAUUUCUGCCAUCGAAAGAAACGCUAGAAUCAUCAAGUGGUUAUAUAGCAUCAAACAAGCUAGAGAGUCACAGAAGGUCUCCCACGUGUAAGCGAAAGUGUGUGCAGAGGAGGGAGGGGUGGGUCUCUGUGCAUCAGCAGUUGUGAAGGUUGUGAGGUCUCCUUGAAGUGUUGUGAGCUUCUCCACUCUCUUUGUGUUGCUUGUUGUGCAAUGUUUUCAAGUUGCAUGCCUGUCAACAUGGGGACUGACCUUGGCUUCCACUCAACCAUCGCUGCAGAGCCUGGCCCAGUAUGCCUCAUCUGCCAAAAGUUUCAGGCCAGGAUCUAAUUAGGGCUUUGAUCUUCAGCAAAACUGUUUACAGGAAAAAAACAAACAAACAAAAAAAACAAAACAAAA